GGCAAGGUGGUCGCGGCUAGAGGGCGAAGCGGGCAGCGGAGGAGACUCGGCGGGUAGCAGCAGCAGCAGCAGCCGGGGUUUGUGCCCAAGCUUGACGAUGUCUGGGGAGCUGGAGAUCAUGGAAGCGCAGCGGAUGUGGGAGCCGGAUUCCAAGCGCAACACCAGCAUGGACCGGUUCAGGGCGGCGAUCACCGCGGCUUAUGGCAUCCGCCUGGCCAACUACAGCGAGUUUUACCAGUGGUCUGUACAGCAUUAUUCGGAUUUCUGGGCAGAGUUUUGGAAAUUCAGCGGGAUCGCCUUUUCUCGGCUUUAUGAUGAGGUGAUCGAUCCCUCCAAGAGCAUCGUGGAUGUUCCCGAAUGGUUUAAAGGCAGCCGUUUAAACUAUGCCGAAAACCUCCUGAAGCAUGAGGAGAACGAUAAAAUUGCCCUGUAUGCCGCACGGGAAGGCAAGGAAGAGAUCGAAAAAGUGACCUUUGAAGACCUGAGGCACCGGGUGGCUUUCUACGCUGCGGCCAUGAGGAAGUUGGGGGUGCAGCCCGGAGACCGAGUUGUGGGUUACCUGCCCAACGGGAUCCAUGCCGUGGAAGCUAUGCUGGCCUCUGCUAGCAUCGGAGCCAUCUGGAGUGCCACGUCGCCGGAUUUUGGCGUCAACGGCGUCCUGGAUCGGUUCUCCCAAAUUCAACCCAAGUUAAUCUUCUCCGUCGAAGCCGUCAUCUACAACGGGAAACGCCACAAUCACCUGGAAAAGCUGCAGAGUGUUGUCAAAGGACUUCCAGAUCUGAAAAAAGUUGUUGUCAUCCCCUACGUAUCUUCAAGAGAAUCCAUAGAUAUUUCCAGAAUCCCGAACAGCGUGUUUUUAGAAGAUUUUCUUGGAACAGGCAAAGGAGACCAGGCGCCCCAGCUGGAGUUCGAGCAGCUCCCCUUCAGUCACCCACUUUUUAUCAUGUAUUCUUCGGGCACGACGGGUGCCCCGAAGUGCAUGGUGCACUCUGCAGGGGGAACUUUGAUUCAACACCUGAAAGAACAUAUCCUUCACGGGAACAUGAGCAGUAAUGAUGUCAUCAUAUACUAUACCACGACCGGUUGGAUGAUGUGGAACUGGCUGGUGUCUGCUCUCGCGGUGGGGGCCUCGGUGGUCCUGUACGACGGCUCCCCCCUGGUUCCUUCUCCCAACGUCUUGUGGGACUUGGUGGAUCGAUUAGGAAUUACCAUCCUUGGGACGGGGGCCAAGUGGUUGGCGGUGCUGGAAGAGAAGAACCUGAAGCCGUGUGAAACCCACAACCUUCAAACCCUCCACACCAUCUUGUCCACUGGGUCACCCCUCAAGCCUCAAAGUUAUGAAUACGUCUACAAGCACAUCAAGAACAGUGUCCUCCUGGGCUCCAUUUCAGGAGGCACCGAUAUAGUGUCGUGUUUUAUGGGUCACAAUGUAACCAUCCCAGUUUACAAAGGCGAGAUCCAGGCGCGGAAUCUUGCAAUGGCGGUAGAAGCGUGGAAUGCGCAAGGGGAGCCUGUUUGGGGAGAAAGCGGCGAGCUGGUUUGCACCAAACCUAUGCCUUGCCAACCCACACAUUUUUGGAACGAUGAAAAUGGCAACAAAUACCGAAAGGCGUAUUUUUCCAGAUUUCCAGGUGUUUGGGCCCAUGGAGACUACUGCAAAAUUAACCCCCAGACGGGUGGAAUCAUCAUGUUAGGCCGCAGCGAUGGCACGCUGAAUCCGAGCGGAGUGAGGUUCGGCAGUUCGGAGAUCUAUAACAUUGUGGAAGCCUUCGAGGAGGUCUCUGACAGCCUCUGCGUCCCACAGUACAAUAAACAUGGCGAGGAAAGAGUCGUCCUCUUCUUGAAGAUGAGCACCAACCACGAGUUCAGACCCAGUUUGGUGAAGCGAAUCAGGGAAGCAAUUCGGGUGGCCCUUUCGGCUCGUCACGUGCCCAGCCUUAUUCUGGAAACGGGAGGGAUUCCGUAUACCAUCAAUGGAAAGAAGGUGGAAGUGGCCGUCAAACAGGUCAUAGCUGGCAAGGAAGUGUCCCAGCGGGAUAUCUUUUCUAACCCAGAGACCCUCGAUCUCUACCGCAAUAUUCCUGAGCUGCAGGAUUUUUGAAGGAACCUCGUCUCUUCCUGUCUCUCGGUGUGAGUGCGUGUCUCUACUAUGUGCGUUUGCGUGCCAGUGUGGGUGCGUGGGUGCGUGUCAGGUUAUAGCCAGUGUAUAUAAUAUGUAUAUGGAUGAUAUCCAUCGAAGAAAUCGACUCGAGUGACCUUCUUUCCAGACCGGGACAGGAAAACAAAAAAAUCUGAUUUAUCUGAGCGCUUCAGGAAAUAAGAAGGGCUAAAAAUGUAAUCUGUAUGGAUUUGGGGAUAUGGGUCUUGCUUUGCUUUCCGGCUCAGAAAAAAAAUGGGAAUCUGAACUCUUUGGGCAGAACCUUUUCUCCAACCUAGGUGCUAAAAGAAUGGUUUGAAUAUCUUAUCAUUUGAAAAACAAGGAUGAAUCUCGGGGCUGGACGACGCCAGGAUGGAUCCUGGCUGGCUGAGAAAAGGGAGCUUGAAAAGGCUGGCUGGGCUGGCUGAAUACGUUCGGCAGAUGUUUCUCAGUGGGUAGGUGAGAAGGAACCUCCUCUGGAAGAGCCAUACGUGGGCUUUGUCUCGCUGUGGGUGGUUGCAGGAACUUGAAGAGUAUCUUCUCAGUUGAGGUAGAACGUUGGUAGGAAGAAACGGAGUUAGCUGCCAUCUUGGAUAAAGAAGACGACAUUUUUCAUGUUUCCCCACCCCGAAUCCUUAACCCUGCGCGACCAACUUUUUCCACUCGAGAAAAGUUUGCUACUGCAAGGGAAAAAAGUUUUACUUUUUUUUUCUCUUUAAAAGAAAGGGAGAGAGAUAGAUAUGCACUUUUAAUUUAACUUUUUUUAAAAAACAAACCCUUACGGGAAUUAACAGCAUUUUCAGAUCACCAUUAUAAAAAAGGACUCGAUUUUUGCCGAAAGAUAAAAAAGAGGAUGGGGUGUUUUUUUGGUUGGUGAUCCUGGGCUGGUGUUCCUUUUCAUGGGACCAUCUAGUCGAUGGUCGUCUCAGUUCCACGGGACUGUGGGCCCUUGGAAGGUUUUUUUUAAAAAAAUCCGAUCCAGUGGCACUUUUGGUGCAGGUUUUUGGUUUUGGUGAAGGGUCAACUCUAGAAUUAAAAGCAAAACUUUCUAAAAUUUGAGGCAAAAUUUGUGGUGAAAUUAAGGUGUCUGGACUCUAGUUCUACUUGAGGGAAACAGAAGCUUACGAAAGUAACGCCACAGAGAUCUGACUUAUGGCGACGGCGUGUGUGCCAGCAGAGAAGGCUCUGCAUGCCACCUCUGUCACGUGUGCCAUAGAUUCGCCAUCACAUGCUUAGAUAUUUACAGGGCAAUUGUAGCUCUUCCAUGGCUGUGAUCGGUACCUCGUUUUUAGAGUCACGUUUUUUCAACAGGCAGGAAUUUUGAGCCCAGAAGCUUUGAUUCUAAUUGAGGAUACUUCAUCAGCCAAGAAUCCUUUUAAACAGUUUUCUCCAAGUGGCCAGGAGUUCCAAAGGCACUGUCGAAAGCAACGCGUUGCAUGCUUGUGAAGUCCUACGGAACCAUAUAACAAUUGCACUUAAAACGCCUGGGGAAAAACCCAGAAGAAUUCACUUUGAGAUCAGGAAUAAAGACGCUUAUCCACGGUGCAGUGAGAUGACAGACCCAUCAUCCACACCUGGCGGAUAGGAGUUUGGAGUCCAGCAGUUCUUGGAUGGGGGAGAAAGCAGUUCAAGUGUGAGAAAGCGAUUGUGCAAGGCUUUUGUUUAAAUGUAGGUGUAAACACAAAUAUUGGGUGGAGGGAGAAUUCUAUGAGGUGUGCUCUGACUUACCUCAAUCUGAUAGGAAGCCUCGUGGUUUGAGGCUUGUGGCUAAUAUAUAUAUAUAUAAAACUUUUUAUUCCUUACUUUAUUAUUAUUAUUGUUUUUAAAUGAAUUUUUUAAGGUCAUAAAAGGACUAAAAAUGUGGUCGGGAUGCUUUAUAGCUAUCUGGGUUUGUCAAUAAGUGUUUUCUUCCCCUAAUAAAUGGUUACAAGCCCUACGGAGAGAUGCCAGUUAAUUACACAUUUCCAAAGGAAGAACA